AUGGAUGUCUCACCGCGAUCGAGGAAUCAACAAUUCAGUUGUGACUACGUGUUCAGUUUCAUAUUUCGCACGUCAUGCGGAUACGUGGACAAACAUCGAGACGAAACAUCGACAGAAAACAGAAGAUACAUACAUACAUCGUAAUCAUAUGGGUGAGAACUUCAACGAACGUAUAGAGAUUUUGCGUAAACGAAGUAGACAUUUAUUGGCGCAAGUAGAUAAGAAUUCUAGAAAAGUUAAAGACGAAAUUAAGAAAUUAUACUCCAGAAAUUUAUCAUUCAGAAAUGACUUUAAAAAUCAUAUUGGCAAGACAAAUGUGUCACAUUCAUCUUGCAAAAAAGACAUCAAAUCAUGGAAAUUAAGAAAUGAUUCCAGUGGAGUUGGUGAAGCCUUAAAAUCAGAUUGUUUUUGUGAUUGCCAUCAGACAUCAGCAUCAAUGCCUAAUACAUCAACAGCAAAGAGAAUAUUAGUAUCGUCAAAGAAACAUUGUGAAAAUCAGGCCUGUUUGGAAAACAUUCGUAGAAAACCAGUAAAAGAAUGUUACUGUAAUUCAGAAAUUAAGAAAACACAACUGAAACCCACAAAGACACAGCGUAAGCCACAUUCUCCUAGCAAAAGAUGCAAGAGUCAUACUUUCACUCCUGCUAUAGUGGUAGAGGAUAAUUGUGAAAAGUCGGCAUUAUCUUCACCCAUUAGUUGUGAAACAUUGAGGAGAGUUCAAAAGAUAGAUUAUGCACCUAGAUCUCAAUUUUUGCGCAAUGUCAGAAGCAGAGUUUCUCUCUUGCAAGGAGCGGCAGGAGAUUGUCCAGAGACCUGUUACAGAUCACCUUGUUAUCACGAACUCAUGGCCAAAAGAAACGUAUAUAAUGCUAAUUCUACGUGUCAGUUGAAAGCUGGUGAUGAAAAAUCAGAAACUAGUUUUCGCUUAGAAAAAUCUAUGCCUACAAGGUCAGAAAUCAGUGAAAAAUGUUCAGGUUCUGAAGCUAUAGAAAAAUGUAGCAAAGGAAUUCAAGUAUCUUUAAAAAAACAUUCAAAGCCAAAAGUUGUGAUAAAAAAAACUCUUUCAUCUAAGGCACCCGUACCUGAUCUAAAAAAGUCUAAAUCUAGUUCAAAAGUAGCAACUAAGGAUAAAAAAACAGUACCUGACAAGGAGUGUCAAUGUUGUCAGAGAAACAAAAUAGAACAUUCUAAACCUGUUUUAGAAAAGGACACUUACAUUGAGUCAGAUAGGUAUCAAAACACAGUUUGCAUAAACAAGUUACCAGACGAAACUGGCAGAAAAUACCUCUCUGAUAAAGAAAUGAGAGAACUGGAAAAAUUUCGCGAGCAAAAUUACUUCGACACCCAUGGAUCCAGCCAUACUUUAGUAUCAUCUAAAUCUUCCAGUUCUCUGGAACAGUAUGUGCUAAAUGACAGAUUGUUCCCUGAACCAGUGGGAAGGAUUCAUAAGAAAGACUUAGUUGUAACAAUGCCGCCUUGUGUCACCACGCAACGAAAACGAAUUCAUUAUUUCCCUAGAUAUAUCGUUCGUCAAGAGAGAGGCAAUUUUAACAUAAGCAAUAAAAAGAAGCGAUGUCAGACCUGCCCUCUAACUGGUCAUGCCAUAGAUCUUGGUAUCACGAAAAUAAGACCUUCCUUGAACAGUUUAGCCCUUAAGCUUAAAAAGCUUCAAGAUUUUCCCGAUCGAACCACUGGCGGUGGACAGCGUGAAAAUCGGCGGAUUGCAAGGAUCGGUUAGCCUGAAGCAGGAAUAUAAGAACAUCAAGUUAUAUGGCCUUACGAAGGACCUUGAGAUCCACAAUCAUCACUUAGAGCUGGAUAAUGGAUGCCUAUUAACAUCAGACUCGUUCAAUCCUCAAGUGGAUUUCGUCGCUGAUUACAAGCUCGAUGGAAAAGUAUUACUGUUGCCUGUCAAAGGAUCUGGAAAAUCGAACAUCACCAUGUACGGCUUGAAAUCACAUAAUGAAUUGUCCUGCGAGCCAUACAAGAAGGACGGAGAAACUUAUUUGAGAAUCAAGAAAUAUUCAGUGACAUUCAAUCCUGACCGAGUCAAAUUGAACUUCGACAACCUGUUCAAUGGUGACAAGGUUCUAGGAACACAGCUGAAUCGUUUUAUAAAUGAAAACUCCGACCUGCUGUUCAAAGAACUCCAAGCCCCCUAUGAAGAAACGUUCAGUCAAGUUUUCACCAAACUCAGCAACGAAGUGUUUAGUCGCGUGCCAAUGGAUAAAAUCUUCCCUCCAAAAUAAAUCCCUGUGGAUUUUCACCAUUCUACUUAUACGCGAGGAUAACUCAGCACAUUUCACGUCGAAAUGCAAAGAAAAGAACGUGCCAAAAAUUUGUAUAUAUAUCGUAAAAUACAUGUAAAAAAAUUUCUAGGAAAUGUAAUAU